AUGCCCCGGCUUGAAGUGAAGGUUGGGCCUGAUCGGUUCAACAUGGAGCCAUGCAGGCUCAACGAUACUAAGCAUCCACACGAAAUCGAUACGGAGCAUUUCUGCGGCCGUGUGUUGGUCCGUGUCCUCGAUGCACCAGGGGCUAGAGUGGGGGAACCUGGCCGUGAAUACUUUCAGGAUCGCACACGUCGAUUUUGCAUCCAAAUUGAAGGCCGUUUUAAGAAGUAUUGGACCGGAGAUGAUAUCUUGUUUGGGUCAGACUUUGACAUGUUCGUACCAUUUCCUCGCGCACCAUUUAAUGCAGGUAUGCGUGUGGCCAGGAUGAUCGAUCCGUGCACUUUCUACGAGGAACAUCCGCCCUCGGGUCGGCCUUAUAUUAUGUCGCCCUAUGCAGCGUGUAUGAACACAUUUUGUGCAUGGCCAUCGCCCGAUAGGCUCGGCGAUGCCGUCGUUGUGUCCAACGACCAUGGUGACAUCCCGAGCUAUGCGGCCGACCAUGGUAACGAUGGAGAUAUAGUUCCUGUUGAACGUAUUGACUAUUCACAUUCGCAUGAUGCAGAGAAAAAGUCAUCAAGCCGUUGGUUUCCGUCGAUUCUUGGGUCGCACAAGGAUGAAAGGGUUACAAAUUCGUACUGGCGCUUUCUUGGCCUGAGCGACGACCCUGCUGUUCAGGCAUACAUUCGUCAGCAUCCGCCAUCUCGACCGGGUUCAGCCGACAUCCGUGUACAACGAUCGAAUACGACGAUACCAAUUGCCCCCGCGGCAGCCAUGGCUGUGCCCACUCCAGUGGUAGCCCCAGUUCCGUCGCUGGCUCCAGCUCCGUCACUGCAACGACCUAUUCCAAUCAUGGCAAACCCAAUGCCGCGUCGACUCCAGCAAGGCAUUGACACACACACGAUGACCGCGCUUGGAUCCAGCAAAAAGCCCAAUGUGGUUUUGACCCGUUUACACUUGGAUCGACCAGAUACACCUGAUUUGCCUGUCUUCUUGUCGUCGAACCUUUCACUUUCAAGCACCGACACAUUUGGCUCACCUGGCAUGACCCAGUCGCCCGUCCAGCAAUCGCCAAUUCCGAUGAGGCCAGGAACUGCGCAGAUGCUGGAGCGCAGGUAUAUGACGCCAAGUCCCGCGAGCUCACUGCAUCAGAAUUCGUCGCUCAAUGAGAAACUGGGACCCUGGCGCUUUUCUGACCCAAGCUCUGACAUGGUAGAGGACAAUGCAUUCAUCUUCAAGACGGAAAGUGUUUCUGUGCCAAAGCGCCGUAAAUACUUCAGUGAUGAAGCACACCGCAAGUCCUUUGUGUAUCAUCCAGAUAUUGUGUAUGGAGCGUCGUUCUUUACCAACCUUUUUGACUUCAAUACAUUUGACCUCAACAUCGGACCCGUUCACAUCAAUGUUCAUCCAUUCUUCCAACAAAUGCCUAUUCGCUAUACUCUCCGUUCCAAGACCAAUGAGGAACUUGUGUUCUGUACAAUCUCGUUCCAACUUGUGGACUAA